UGAUUUCCUUCCCUUUCCCCUCCAAAGCCGACGCCCACGCCCACGCCCACGCCCUGGGCCCAAAAGCCCUUCGCCCCCGAAAGCUUCGGAGAAGUGGAAGAAGGAGCAUGAGCUUAGCUCUCAUACAAGGCUACUCCUCCCCCGAAGAAGAUGAGGGAGGAGAGGAGAGACUCUUCUCUUCUUCCCUCAGCGAUGGGGACGAUGGUGACGAAGAAGAGAAGGCCGACGUGGAGGACGGGAUCUCUCACAAGAAUCUCUCCGGGGGAGAGAAGAAGAAACACAUCUCCAGUCGCCCCAGACCGACCUCCAAUUCCUUGCUCCCCUCCGCGCUCGACGCCUUUGCCGAGGUCACAGGGCCGCCGGAGUUUCUUAACAACCGACCAGGGGGCGUGGAGGAGACUCGGGAGGCUCUGGGGGUGCUAGAUCGGAGGGCGAGUGACAGGGCCAGAAGAGAGAAGAAAGAUCUCCCUGCCGGUGCUGUUGUGGAGGCCAAAGCUCAAUUGGUUGGCAUUCGUGACCGAGUGAGAAGUGAUGUAGAAGGAAGCUAUCCUUCAGGUUCUGCCACCAAAACAGUAUCUGAUAAUGGUAAGCGAGUGUUCUCUGCAGCAAAUCCUGAUGCCAAAGAUGCUGCUGAACUGCUAAGAGUAUGCGUACAGUGUGGGAUUCCAAAGACCUAUUCACAUGCCCGUGGCAUGACGUGCCCAGUUUGUGGAGAUCGCCCUCCUGCAGACCCAAAGAAAGAGCCUGAGAAGAAGAGGGGUUCCAGUGUCAAAGAGAAGGAGAAGAGUAAGAGGAUGAAGGGACAAUCGUCACACUCCACUUGGAAGAGCGAGACAGAGAUGCAACUGAGACAGCAAUAUGACUAGCAGAGGAGAAAUAAAGAGCCCUGGGAUGUAUAUUAAUAGAUGGAGAAUUACUUGAAUCUUGAUGCAAAAUAUUGUAAUUCCAUGAUAGAAUGAUUGGUAGAACAUCUGCAUAAUUUGGAUUUAUAACAUCAUUUUGUCCUUGCUGCAGCUAUUAUGAUUUUCCAUUGAACAGAAUCUAUUAACAUAGAUAUGAACUCUAGUGACAUGCUUGAUUUCUAUUAA